CUUCACUGUCAGCUUGCAGCGCAGAUGACGUUCAAGUCAACAGCCCAAAGGGACAGUUUGUCGGAGAAGGCCUUACCGUCGAUGGCCGGACGGUGUUCCGCUUUCUGGGCAUUCCCUAUGCGAAGCCCCCGAUAGGGCCGCUUCGUUUUGCUCGUCCCCAGCCAGCUGACAGUGUAGGUGGGGACAAUUACCAGGCAAAACAGUGGCCGCCAAUCUGCGUGCAGAACACCAAGAGUCCAAUGGCCGGCAACAGCGCCCACAUGGGCAAGGCGAAGAACAUGUCCGAGGACUGUCUGUACCUGAACGUCUGGUCACCGGCGGAGCUGAAGCUGGGAAGCACUCUCAACUCUGAUCAGCUAAAGCCGGUCAUUGUUUGGAUUCACGGAGGCGGCCUGGUAAUCGGCACGUCCAGCUUUGACCUGUACGACGGCGAAAUGUUGGCCGCCAAGGCGGACGCCAUCGUGGUGACCUUCAACUACCGAGUGUCUACACUGGGCUUCCUCUAUUCUGACGAUGUGGCAGCCGCCGACGUGAAGGGAAACCAGGGCUUCUGGGACCAGAACCAGGCGUUGAAGUGGGUGAAGGCGAACAUCGGCGCCUUCGGUGGUCGGGCCGACCAGGUGACGGUGAUGGGCGAGUCGGCGGGCGGCUGGUCCGUCAGUGCGCACAUUCUCUCGCCCGCUUCGAGGGGCCUCUUCCAGCGGGCCAUCCUCCAGUCGGGCGCCCUGACCAGCUUUCCGAUGAUCACCGAGCCGGCGGUGCAUGUUCGGCGACUUCUGACCGGCAUCCGGAGCGUCACUGGCUGUGCCACCCAGGCGGACACCUCCAUCACCGCCUCAGUGGUGGAGUGCCUUCGGCGGCUGCCGGCGAAGAAGGUCGAUGAGCUCUUCUACCAGAUCGAGCAGGACCCCUUUGAGCCGCUGGUCCCGGUGGCGGUCAUCGACGGGGAGUUUAUUACGGAGAAGCCGGAGAAGAUGCUCUCCAGUGGGAGCUACCAGAAGAACAUCAGCCUGCUGGUGAGCACGGUGGAGGACGAGGGCAGCUUCGUCAUUGCAAUGUACGGCGGGGCGGUGCCCGGGCUGAAGGCAACGGAUCCGGCGCCGUACAGCCUCGCCGAGGCGGAGACCUUCCUUCCCGACCUUCUCUCAAAGCACAUCUUCACCGGCGCCAAUGGUUACCCGCUGGUGAACGCCUCCUCCUCAGAGGACAUCAAGAAAACGUACUUCAGCGGCUUCUCCGCAGGAAACGCCUCCCAGGCUGAUGAGUGGCGAAAAAGGGUGGGCGUCGCCUUCGGUGACCUGGCCAUCGGCUGCCCGACGCUGAACUUUGCGAGGGAGGUCUUCAAGGGGGCGGCGUCCACUACUGCCAAGGUCUACCAGUGGUACUUCAACAGCAAGCUGGGCGCGGAGAAGUUCAUCUGCCACCCGUGGGCGGGCGCCUGUCACUGUAAUGAGCUGUACGGCGUCUUUGGAAUGCCCUUUCGCUAUCCGGAGCAGUACCUGGAGCGGGAGCGGGAGAUUAGCGGCGAGGUGAUCGGCUUCAUCGGGGCCUUCAUUCGAACUGGCACUCCUGGGCCUCAGCACUCCGAAUGGCUGCCCUACUCAAUGGCCGAGGGUGGAAAGCUGGUGGCGCCGUACUACGAGAUCAACAACGGCCCCAAGGUGCCGGCCAACUUCAAGGUCAACUUGAAGAGCCAGGAAUGUGAUCAAGUCUGGAAGCGGUACUACAACAACAACUAA